AUGGCAAGGGAUCAACGUCCACACUGGAUUAUUAACUCUCAUAUCAAAGAUGUUGAUUUACAUGGCUGUAAAACCAUUGAACUUGCUCUUGAGCGCGUUCAACAAACAUUAGCCACUGCUAAAAAAAACGAUAAUAUUUCUUAUAAGCUCAUAGCUGGUCGUGGCACACACUCAAAUGUUAAUCAAUACGGAAGAACAUAUAAAAAGUCGGGAAACUGGAAACGCGAUAUGAAACCGAUGUUAUUUGAAGCUGUUCUAAAGUGUUUAGAAAAGGUUUCGAACGAAUUUCAUGUUUAUACGACACCAUGUAAUGAAAAGUCAACAGAAGUGUAUGUUCGAUUUAAAAGUGAAAAUAAUAUAAAGCGAAAAGUUACAGACCAAGCGCUAUUGCCACCAUAUAUAUCUGCUGACCUUCUGCCACCUGAAGUUAAAUCAGACGAUGAAGAUGACGAUUAG